GAGAGAGAGAGAGAGAGCGAGCGAGAGGCAAGGAACACCGUGUUGGCUUCGUAAUGUUCUCGGCGGUGGACGGCGGUCCUGUGUUCGUCAAGAACUUUCGCGUGAUUAUUUCCGAAUACUGCAGGUUUCAGGUGGUCAUGUAUUCCUGAGCAGUCACUCUGCUGUUCGAGACGCCAUGUUCAGAUUCGGAGUUGCAGUGUUUGUGCACCUGCUGGCCUUCGCGUUCCUGCAAGAACAGCCACGGGACACAGCUACAGUCAAGAUUGCUCAAGGCACUCUGAAGGGAAAGAUUGAAAUUUCAACAGUCACCGGACAAAAGCAGUACAGCUUCCUGGGCGUUCCAUUCGCCAAACCUCCGUUGGGAUCGCUUCGUUUCAAGGGACCUCGCGCUCCCGAGUCGUGGAAUGGCGUCCGAGACGCGACGAAAGAAGGACCCAUGUGUCUCCAGAACGGAGCAGGGGCCGAGGACUGUUUGUACCUGAACGUCAUCACUCCCGAGUUGCCCGGGGACCCGAGCAACGCCACCCUGCGGCCGGUGCUGGUGUGGGUACACGGAGGAGCCUACCAGACCGGCACCAGCUCGCUGAGCUACAGCAGACCCGACUACUUCCUGCAGAGGGGCCUGGUGUUCGUCAGCAUCAGCUACCGGCUCGGGGUGCUGGGGUUCCUGAGCCUGGAGGGGACCGACGCGCCGGGCAACGCCGGGCUGAAGGACCAGGUGGCGGCCCUGCGCUGGGUGAAGGCCAACAUCGCCCGCUUCGGCGGUGACCCCGACGUGGUGACUCUGUUCGGAGAGAGUGCCGGCGGGUCGUCGGUGCACCACCACAUGCUGUCCCCGCUGUCCGAUGGGUUGUUCCAGCGAGCCAUCUCGGACAGCGGUGCUGCCAUGAACCCCACAGCCUUCUUCAACUCCACCAGGCAGCGCGCCCUGCGCCUGGGCAAGAUCCUCGGCCUGGAGACCGCCGACGGACAGCGGCUCGUCGACUUCCUCAGGAACUGCACCGCGGAGCUGCUGGUGGCGUCGCAGGACGAGACACUAUCUCAGGAGGAAUUGAAGAGAACAAUGACAAAAGCAUUCAUACCCACCAUCGAGUACCCUGUGAAGGGCGAGGAGAUUUUCCUGGCGGCCUCGCCGUGGGAGAUGACGAAGAAGGGGCAGUUCAAGAGGAUUCCUUACAUCACCGGCACCAACAAGGACGAAGGCAUUUUAGCCUACCUAGUGUGCCACGAUCCGACGUGCCUGGCCGAGGUUGACAAAGACUUCGAGAGGGUUCUUCCCCUGAACAUGGGACUGAAGAGAGGCAGCGAGCAGUCCAAGAAGAUAGCGGCGCAACUGCGCCAGUUCUACUUCCAGAACAGGAACGUAUCUACGGAGACCGCGCAUAAUUAUAUAGACCUGCAGACAGACGCCAUGUACGCUUACGGCUGUCAUUAUGUGGUGAACCACUCGGUGGCGCACAGAGUAGCCAAUGUCUUCAACUACCAGUUCGUGUAUGACGGCAAGAACGCGGCUGGACGCCACCCAACUGUGCAAGGAGUAGCUCAUGGUGACGAACUGUUUUACCUGUUCUACCGACCAGAACACAGCAGCCUGCAAGCCAACUCUACGGACUUGGCAGUUAUAAACACGAUGGUCACAAUGUAUGCGAACUUCGCCAAAACGGGUAAUCCGAGCAUCGACAACGAAGUGACUUGGAAAUAUUCAACUCCAGAGCACCGAUACUACCUCAGUAUAAAUGACACACCAUCUCUCGAAGAAGAUUUCAGCAAAGAAAGAAUGGCACUUUGGGAUGGCAUCUACACAUACCUGGGCUUCGAGAGCACGUAGUACCGCUUCCUUUCAGAUGGUUGGGGAGGGGGUCGGUGUAGCUUCUGCAGAGGUUGGGAUUGUAAGGCCUGGUUCACAAUUUAAAAAAUAAUAAUAAGCAAGUGCAUAACGGACCAUUCACACAUCUAUACACACCACCUGUAUAAAAUCAGUUCACAUUUUAAAUCUGUUUAUUUAAACCAAUGAAAUUUUGCGAUGUAUCUGACACCGAUAGAUAGUGUUGGUAAAUAACUAUUUUAACUACAUAAUGAUUGCCUCUUGGCAUCUAUCUGUCCAGUAGUUACACAGUAUUUCAACAUAUAUUUUAUUUGGGUUAUGUAAUAUGGUUAGCUAAUACUUCUUGGCACAAAAUCUUUUUUAAAUUAUUCUUUUCUUUACAUUUACAGCUAGUGACCUCUUUUUAAGUCCCUAAUUGUAGUAAUUUAAUUUCAAUAGUCGAAAAUGUUUUCCUACCACAGUAUGAUUGAUCAAGUUAAACAUUUCUCAAGUUAUGUUUAAAAAAAAAAAAAUGUCAAAAUGCAUCUAACUCUCGAAUCAUUUGCUGUUGCGCAAUAUAUUAAUUUCCCUCCUAUGCACACAGCCUCUCUCCCAAGAACACUACCAACAUACCAUUACUGUUAUUUUUUUUUAAAUUGUGAAUCCAGUUCUCUGAGAAAAUGACUUCCCAUUCACCUCAUGUGCUCACGAUGUGUUAGGUGUUUGCAAAGUGUAAAAAUAAGAAAAUAAAAAAAAUUAAUAAAAUCAAUACAAAUAAA